AUGACGACCACUAUAUUCGAUGAUCUCCUCGAUGGACUGAAUCCCAAGAUCCAGAAAGAAUACACCGAAGCCAAAGUGGCUCUCAAGAUCGCGCUCGACUACUCACCUCGCCGGCCUCUCUGCGGAUUCGUUAUAAACGUCCUCAAGGCUCUAAAUCAGACGAAUCAGCUGAAAGGGAUGCCAUUCGAGGCCUUACUCAACACCGCGGAAAUUCCCUCCAUCAGACUCCGUUCCACUAGUGAUCCACCCUCCAUCAUCGCCGAGAAAGUCCUGCACGAGCUAGAGUUGAAGUUGUCCGAAAUCUCGAGGUCCAGGUCGAGUGUUCCGGGGGAACUACGCUGGCAGUCGUUCCUGGGAGAGAAGUGUAAGGGGUCCGUCUGGAUUGAGUACGGUGGAAACCUGGACUUGAGCCACAUACCGGGUCGCGUGAUUAUCAAGAAAGGGGUAGCCUGA